UUCUGUUUACCCACAAAUCAAAUCGGAAAAAUAAAUUGAAAAACAAGAGAGGAGAGCAGAGCAGAGCAGCAAACCCUAGGCUAGGAGGAGGGCCUUAUUUCAUCUAUGAACAACAAAAACCCUAAUUAAUUCCUUCAAUUAAGGCCACAAACUGCAUUAUUAUCUCGUUUUCUUGAGAGAUAUAGACAGAGAGAGAGAGAGAUUGUAAAUGGAGGGAACACCGCAUCCUAUACCGCGUACCGUUGAAGAAGUUUUUAGUGAUUUCAAAGGCAGACGCUCUGGUUUAAUCAAGGCUCUUACUUCUGAUGUUGAGAAGUUUUACCAGCAGUGUGACCCUGAUAAGGAGAACUUGUGUCUCUAUGGACUUCCAAAUGAGACAUGGGAAGUUAACCUGCCUGUGGAGGAGGUGCCCCCUGAACUUCCUGAGCCUGCACUAGGUAUAAAUUUUGCCAGGGAUGGGAUGCAAGAGAAGGACUGGUUAUCCCUUGUUGCAGUUCACAGUGAUUCAUGGUUGCUUGCUGUUGCAUUUUAUUUUGGUGCACGUUUUGGGUUUGGUAAGAAUGAAAGGAAGAGGCUUUUCCAGAUGAUAAAUGAGCUCCCCACAAUAUUCGAGGCCGUGUCUGGAAAUGUUAAGCAACCUAAGGACCAAACUGCCACUCACAACAACAGUGGCAAAAGCAAAUCAAGUGGGAAGAUGCAAUCCCGGCAACCUGAGUCCCAGACUAAGGCUAUAAAGGUAUCUGCACCACCCAAGGAAGACUAUGAGAGUGGGGAAGAGGAAGAAGAAGACGAUGAACAGGGUGCUACUUGUGGAGCAUGUGGUGAAAGCUAUGGAACUGAUGAGUUCUGGAUUUGCUGUGAUAUGUGUGAGAAAUGGUUCCAUGGAAAAUGCGUCAAGAUUACACCUGCCAAAGCUGAGCACAUCAAGCAGUACAAGUGCCCAAGUUGCAGUGGCAAGAGAGCUAGGGUUUAAAGUUAGAUGCUGGAAGUCAAAGAUGAACAUCAUUUAAACAAAGCAGACAAGGGGUAGAAGUUUUUCUUUAACGUUUUUAAAGUUGAUCAGAACCAGUUGUCCACUUUAGUCAAUGAAUUUGAAUAACUGCAGAUUGGAUUUCUAAGUUUGGCUACUCAUUGUUCCUUCUGUCUAAUUUUCUUCGGAAUUGUGCUGUUAAAUAGUUGGUGGCAAUUGUAGCUAUUUUCUUCAUA